AUGCCCCUUUUUGGUAAAUCUCAGAAGAGCCCAGCGGAGCUUGUACGAUCUUUAAAAGAUGCCGUAACUGCUCUAGAAAGGGGGGAUAAGAAAGCAGAAAAAGCCCAAGAAGAUGUGAGCAAAAACUUGGUUUUGAUAAAAAACAUGCUGUACGGUACUUCAGAUGCAGAGCCACAAACUGAUAUCAUAGUGGCACAGCUGGCGCAAGAAUUGUACAAUACUAACCUCCUUCUUCUCCUCAUUCAAAACUUGAACCGCAUUGACUUUGAAGGAAAAAAAGAUGUUGCACAAGUAUUUAACAAUGUGUUGAGGCGUCAAAUAGGUACUCGGUCACCAACCGUUGAGUACAUAUGUACAAAACCUGAAAUUCUGUUUACCCUGAUGUCUGGGUAUGAGCACCAAGAAAUUGCUUCAAACUGUGGCACUAUGCUAAGGGAGUGUGCUAGAUAUGAGGCUUUAGCUAAAAUAAUGUUAUAUUCUGAUGAUUUUUACAAUUUCUUCAGAUAUGUAGAAGUUUCAACAUUUGAUAUUGCCUCUGAUGCCUUUUCUACAUUUAAGGAACUGUUAACACGACACAAAAUAUUAAGUGCUGAGUUUUUAGAAGCAAAUUACGAUAAGGUGUUUAACCAUUACCAACGAUUGUUGAACUCGGAGAAUUAUGUAACUCGACGGCAGAGUUUGAAAUUACUUGGAGAACUCUUGCUGGAUCGACAUAACUUUUCAAUUAUGACCCGCUACAUCACCAACCCAGAGAAUUUGAAGUUGAUGAUGAAUAUGCUUAAAGAGAAAUCGCGUAAUAUACAGUUUGAGGCUUUCCAUGUUUUUAAGGUGUUCGUAGCCAAUCCAAAUAAACCAAAACCAAUACUGGAUAUACUGCUUCGAAACCAGGAUAAAUUGGUGGACUUCCUGACCAAGUUCCACACAGACCGCUCUGAAGACGAGCAGUUCAAUGAUGAGAAGGCUUACCUUAUAAAGCAAAUUAAGGAAUUGAAGCCAUCAGAACACUAA